AUGUACUCCAAAUUCUGGCCCAAGGGAGGUCUCCCGGGCAUUCUGCAUCAUUAUACGGAAUCUCUCGUCACUUUUGAAUAUGUCUCCAGCAGCAUUCGCCAACCUCAUAGUCUUCUAUUCAUCGGCGGGUUAGGAGAUGGCAUGGCAACAACAUCCUACAUGUCAGAUCUUGUCCGCGCGCUACAACCCACGGAAUGGUCACUUUUCACUAUCAAUCUCACAUCUUCCUAUCAGUCGUGGGGUCUAGGGCAUCUUGACAGAGACACAACUGAGAUUGCCCAAUGCGUGCAAUAUAUCAAAGACUACAAGACCUCAAAAUUCGGAAAUGGCAAGGUCGUCCUUAUGGGACAUUCCACUGGAAGCCAAUGCGUGCUACAUUAUUUAUCCCGACCAAACCCACACCCAAGUGUUCCUACCUUUGACUCUGAACUCGCGAACAUCAAGCGUCUUGAAAUUGACGGAGCCAUCAUGCAAGCACCAGUGUCUGACCGGGAGGCAAUUGCCUUGUGCAUGAAGCAUGGGUUUAAAGGCAGAUCUUCAAGCGAAAUUCAAGAGCUAUGGAAGAAAUUGGAAGAUAUGGCAAAGGAAGCUAUUCAUCAGGAGGAAUCCUACGACACUCUGCUACCUUUGUGGAUGACCAGUUCGAUCUACCCGUCCAAUACUCCUAUUAGCGCUCGCAGGCUUUUGAGUCUCCUCAGUCCGGGAAGCCCCAAAUCGCCGUCGGAGGACGACUUGUUUAGCUCAGAUCUGAGCGACGAGCAAUUCCAGAAGACGUUUGGCAUGGUUCAACAACGGGGACUGUUGAAACACAAGCUGAUGGUCUUGAUUUCGGGUGCGGACCAGGCAGUCCCAGACUGGGUUGAUAAGGAGGACUUGCUACGGAGAUGGAAAAAUGCUACCGAUUACACCGGGUCCCAGAUCUGGGAUCAAGAUCACAGCGCAGUGGUGCCUGGUGCUUCGCAUGCGCUGAGUAAUGAUGAUCAAGCAGAGCCGCGGAAGUUUCUUGUCGAGAAGGUUCUAGGGUAUUUGCAGACAGCGGAGAAGAUAUAA